AGGGAGGAGCCGGGCCGGGAACAGGGAGUCUCUGUGUGUGCACGGAGGGGGGGUUCCGCGCUUCAAGUUUCUAGCCACCAAGUUGUUGUUGCUUUUUGUUUUGUUUUGUUUUUUUUUCUCCCGUUUUCAUUCCCUCCUUCUCCACUCGAGGAGCGGUUUGGCGAGCGGCCGCCCCCGGCACAGGCAGCCCGAUGGCCGCGCUCUGAGCGCCGGGGAAUGCCAGCAUUCGGGGGCGAGGCGGAGCGGGGCCGCCUUCCGCAGCCCACCCCGCGCAGGUGAGGCGGGUCCCGGCCGCAGGCAUGGCCGGGAGAGCUCCGCAGCCGGCCGUCCAGCCGUCCUCAGGUUAGAUGAAAGCUAAGCUUAUACUGAACAAACAAAGAGGAGGAGUAAAAAGCAUCUUGAUUCAUAAUGUAUUGCUGUAGAGAACAAAGCUAAAUGUGCAGCUAACACCACGUGUCAUGGAGGGAGGUGUGCAUAAAGCUAAUUUGAAAUAUGAACAGAGAGGAGUCACAGAUGUUGAUGAAGAAAAGCUAAAGCACCUCCUCCUCCAUCUGAAACCAAAACGGUCACUGAUUGUCCAUUUGAUGACACAGAAUCAGCCAACAUCAUCAUGGAACAGAAGGAGAAUGUAAUUGAUAAAGACAUUGAACUGUCAGUGGUCCUGCCAGGAGAUGUGAUCAAAUACACUACGGUCAAUGGGAGGAAGCCCAUGAUGGACUUGCUGAUCUUUCUCUGUGCACAGUAUCAUUUAAACCCGUCAAGUUACACUAUAGAGUUGAUAUCAGCAGAAAACAGCCAGAUUAAAUUCAAACCGAAUACACCAGUGGGAAUGCUUGAAGUGGAAAAAGUGAUUGUAAAACCAAAACAAAUGGAUAAGAAGAAACCUGCUCCAGUGAUACCAGAGCAAACAGUAAGGGUAGUGAUAAACUACAAGAAGACGCAGAAGACAGUUGUAAGAGUUAGUCCAUAUUCACCGCUUCAGGAACUGUUGCCAAUUAUCUGUAGUAAAUGUGAAUUUGAUCCUUCGCACACUGUAUUACUGAAGAAUUACCAGUCUCAAGAAGCCCUUGAUAUGACAAAAUCUCUUAAUGAUCUAGGACUAAGAGAACUAUAUGCCAUGGAUAUCAGUCGAGCCGCAUCACCAGUUGACUUAAACUUGCCAUCUUUGAAAGACUCCGAUCGUGUGUCUGAAAACUCAGAUGUUCUAAAAGAGAAAGAAAACAAAGGGUUUUUCAGCUUUUUUCAACGAAGCAAGAAAAAAAGAGAACAAACUGCCAGUGCCCCAGCAACUCCGUUAAUGAGCAAGCCAAGGCCAACAUUUACCACAAGAUCUAGCACUGUUAGCAAGCAGUAUGAUUCUAACACUCUGCCAUCUGAAAUGCCAAAGAAACGGAGAGCUCCUCUACCACCCAUGCCAAAUUCUCUGAGUGCCCCCCAGGAACUUGCAGAAGCCAGGACAGAACCUGAUAUCGUGAAAUCUAACAGCCUUGGUAUGAAUGAUCAGGCCCCUUUGGGAUUAGUAAGAAAAGGUUCUCUGCCGCUCAGUGACACAGCUUCUGUAAGCUCUCUACGGAGGAUGAAGCGCAAAGCACCCUCACCACCCUCUAGAACACCAGAAGAUCAAAGUGAAAGCAGUAAUGGGACUGUAACAGAGUCAAGAGAAUCAGUCCUCACUGAAGUGGAAGGAAGAGCUGCUGAAAUGCGGUCUGAAACAGGUGCCAGGACCUCAGAAUACAGCCUGGAAGAAAUUGAUGAAAAGGAAGAGAUGAGUGUGCAAGAGGGAGAGGAAAGUGGAAGUACAGAUACCUCUCUCAGGACAGGGGAGGUUACUGCAGCCUUCAGCUCUACAGAGGUACCACUGGAAACUGAAAGAAAUGAUCGUGCUUCAUCAGUUCCUGUUGCUGGCACUGUUUCUGUAGACAACUCACAAAGCUUCGAGGAAGAAAAACAAGAAAAUAUGAGCACAGAUGGCAAAGAACUACAGACUCAGAUAAGCAGUGACCAAGAUGCAUUUGAGAAAGACAGGAAGCUUAGAAUUUUGGAACAAAAUAAAAAUCAUGAUCACAGUAGCAGAACACUCCUCCCAACAAAUGAAGAUGCGGGAGAAAAGCAGACAGCAAAAAUUAAAGCAGAAGAUUUUAGCGAAAACAGCAAGCUUGAAGCUGACAGACUAUCAAACUGCCAAGCAUCUAAAAAUGACAUUGCCAUAAGUCAUAGCAAUUACACUCAAAUGAUUCCAGGAAAGCAAGAUCAGAAAACAAGUCAAACCAGCCUGGACACUGUAAAAACUCAUGAUGUUGCAAUUCAGACAGGUCCAUUGGUUAGCAAUUUGGGAAGGACUGAAAAGAAAGAAAUGAUUGUUCCUCAAGACUAUGAAUCAUCCACAUUCAAAAGAAUGGUCCAUCAACACAAUACAGACACAAACAACCCUGGUCUUCGGGUGAUGCAAGGAAUACAUAAGGAUGAAGAAACUUCAACAGAACAAAAUCUUCAGAGGCAAGAAGUUUCAUAUGAGAAAGCAAUACCCAUGAAAGAUGAAAUUCAUAUUUGUACAAAUGGCAGUAAUGUUACUUCACUAGAAACGAUUGCAAAAACUCCAGAAGGGUCUCCUAUAAGGGGUUACCCUCUUUAUAGGCAGGACAUGAAACCUAAACUGAAGCCUGCUAAUGAAAUUACAAGAGAUUACAUACCAAAAAUUGGAAUGACUACUUAUAAAAUUGUGCCUCCUCCAAAAUCCUUGGAAACAAUGAAGAGCUGGGAAUCAGAUGUUUCAGAUAGUAAGGCUCAAGAGGUAUCUGCUUCCAAAAACACUCUGGAGUAUGAAGACCCCAAAGAAUUAAUAAUGCAAACUGAAAUUCCUCAUCUUCCCAAAAGUACAGGUCACUUACAGACUGGUUUGCAAAAUAUACCCACUGCAAAAAAUGAUCUGCUGCACAGAAUGCAGAGCACUUCUGAACAUGGGGUGCCAUCUGGAACCAGGGUUACCUCCGAGGUCAAUCAAAUAGAGACAGUAUCAUCGAAGCAGCUUGUCCCACCAGUGCUAACCUUAAGUAAUACAAAUGCUUCUUCUGAGACUCAGGAGAAGUCAAAUGCUCUAAGUCCUACAACAGCUAAGCCUAGUUCGUUUUAUCUGCAAAUGCAGCGAAGAGUUUCAGGUCACUAUGUGUCAUCUGCAAUUGCCAGGAAUACCAUCUGUGCUCCUAAUUCCAUUCAAAGUGAAGUUAAAAAUACAGAGUUAGAAAAAAAAAUCUCAUCACCUGAUGAAACUGCAUUACUUACUACAAGUAGCUCCUCUCUGCCAGUAGAAGACAAAGAUAAUGAUGGGAAAAGAACUGAAUCUUCCACUUCUCCUGUUAAAAACAAUAAACCACCAAGUUCUCCCUCCUGUCAGCCAGCACCGUUGAACCUAAGAACUCUAAGAACUUUUGCAGUUCCAAAGCCAUACUCCAGUUCGAGGCCAUCCCCUUUUGCACUUGCUGUCUCCUCAGCUGUCAAAAGAUCACAGUCAUUCAAUAAAACGCGUACAGUCUCUAGCCUGGCACCAAGAGAAGAAUGUCCUGUUGAACUCUCAUCUGCUUCUUCUGCAGCUGAAUCCUCCUCAGCUACCUCCAUGCCUCAGGUGAAAACCCCUUCCUUACACAGUGUCAUCGGAGGGCCACAAAAUAGUCUGAUGGAUAAGAAAAGCAGCAAUGUAAGCAACAGUGAGCAAAAGAUUCAGGCACAGUCAGGUGCUUCAGCUGACCACCCACGCCCUAUCAUUAUGAGACAAACCUCAACACCAGUCCAGCGCUCUGACCCAGAACAGAUCCACCAGAGCUUGCUGGCCGCAAUCCGCUCUGGAGAAGCUGCAGCCAGAUUGAAAAGGGUUGGUCCUCCAUCAAACACUGUAUCUGUCAAUGGAAGAGCCAGGCUUAACCAUUUGUAUUCCACAGAAGCGAAAGCGAAUCAUUAGAUAUUAUACCAAAUAUUUUGCACUUUACUGCUGCUUCAUAGGCCACCUUAAUACUAACUACCAAUUUUUUAAAGUGAUUAGUAUAUUUUUAUCCGUUGGUUUAGGAAUAUGACACUGGUUUCCUUUGAUGCCUUGGAAAAGAUUAUUAGAAUAUGUAAAUUAUGGUAAUAAUUUUCUCUAUAUUAAGCUGAUUAUGCUGCUAAAAAGGUUUAAGAGAAGGUGCAGAUGAGCUCGGCUUAUGUUGGAAUGAAUGUCAAAAAUUUGUUGAUUUCAGCCUUCAAGACAGAACAAAUGUAGCUGUAGUGUGCUGAAAUUACAGAUUUAAAGCAAUCUAAGGAUUUUAGAUCAUUAAUUUUCAAUUGUGUAUUACUUCAACAGAUUGUAUGAAUUUAAAUCUACCACAUGCUGCCUCCAUAUUACUUUGUUAAAUUAAAUUUGUAAUUAGUAGAAAACAAGAUGCAAUACUUUUGUAAAGAAAAGAAAAAAAAGAGAUUUUGUUCCUUGAGCUGAUAUAGUUGGGAUAAGUAUUUUGGUUUUAAAUCUCCUUUAAUUUUUUCUUACUAGGAUAUCUUAAAAGAAAGGAAAAAAAACCCAAAAAAACCAAAAAAACCAGGAUAUAAAUUAUUGGAAAUUUUUGUACUGCUUAAACUUUUCUUAACAAUAGCACUGCAUGAUGUUUCUAAUCUUCUCUUUGAGUAAUUGUAUAUACUGCUUUCCUAGAACUCAGAUUAGCAAUGCCUUUCGUGAACUAGAUGUUUUUAAAUAGUCAUCCGUAUGUAGUCACUUACAAAUAGAAUGAAAAUUCCAGUUUUGAUACUUAAUGAAAUUUACAAAAAGGUAUACUUGGAUAUUUGAAUGAGAAUGAACUUUGGACUUGUUCAUAGAAAAUAUUUUAAUCUUAAAACAGCACGAUAAUACACUUACAAAGCAUCCUUGUGUUGGAGAGCUUCUAUUUAUAGAGACUAAGCGUUAAAUACCAAAAUGGGAAUGAAAAUAUAUAUAUAUAUAUAUAUAUGCAUAUAUAAAAAGAAAAUGCUUCCGAUUAUAUUUUAUCUAUUUUGCUGUUCUUGUCAAGAUGAGACAUUUUUGGGAGAGAGUGGAAAUUAGGUCACGUCUAUGAUGAAAUAGCUAGAUUGUGGAUAUGCAGCAAGUGCUGGGGUAUUCGCCAUAUUAAAAUAUUUUCUUGCUGGACUUAAAUAAAUAUAAUUAUAUUUAGUUUCUAUACUUUAACAAUAUAUUUAUUUUAUACUUCGGAGUCAUUGUGUAACUCUUUUUCAGAAACUGAUCUGUAUGUGCAUUUCAAAAGGUUGGUGUUAGUUUGCUGCCAGGUUUUUGUGCAAUAAUCUCAGAUCCCAUUACUUUUCUGGUAGAGGCUCAAUUACUGAUUACAAGUAAAACAGUGUUAACCUAAUGCUGAAACCCUUUGAAGAAGAUUUUAGCGAAUAAAAGUCAUAAAGAGAACUGAUGAACAUGUGUUCACUGCUGUUCUCUCAUAUUUUCACACCUACAAUUUAGUCCCCUGUCAGUACAUGCCACCACUUACUUUUCCUCCAUGUUCUUGCCUCCAGUUAAGGGCUGAUUCCAAGGGGAAACUUUACAUGGUAGUUCAAAAGAUCUGUUUUGGGGUCUGACUGUAAAACACUACUACAUCUUUCACUUGAAAUUAUUGAGAUAGAAAAGGUGGUUGUUUUCUAGCAUCUAACUGGGUCAUACUUUCCAGAUUUCUUUAUGUCUUGAGGGACAGUCUUUGAAAACUGUAACACAUUCCUAGCAGUCUACAAAGUGUCUGUGUUGGUUGUGAUAUUUGAAUUCCAUUUUUCAAGCAUUCCUCUACAACAGGCUGAUCUGUAACUGGCAUGGAGAGCUUGCGCUGCAAAGUAGUUGUCUUGUUUAUAUCUUAGGUGGGAGAGGGUUACAUAUUUGCUCUCUAACUUUUGUUUUCUCUGCUGGAGGUGACUAAAUCUUAUUUUGUACAAUGUAAUCACUGUCUGUAGACUACAUGAUAUUUCAUUAUUUCAACCAAGUGUGUGGAGUCCAAACGUUGUGGGUUUUGGGAAAGAUCAAAUAACUUUGCUUUGUUGUUCUUUUAUUUACAUUUGAUUCCUAUACUACUAUUUUGUUUCUGAGCUCCAUGUUAAAAGUAUGCUGCCCUUUGAUGUGAACUCCUGAAGGCAAAUUUGUAUGUAAUUAAGACUUUAAGAUUAAGACUAAAAACAUCUUUCCUGAACUGUAGGGUUUCUCAUUGUGUAACUGAACUUCCUUGGUAAUUAGCUUAAAUGUCUACACACAGUAGUACUGUGAAUUUGUUCAGCAAGAUUUUCUGUUACUAGCUGGCAAUAUUAUUUAGCAAAUCUUUACCUUUCCCCCCUUCUUCCAGCAUAUAUGUAAAAGAUUUUAAUAUUUUGCUAUUAUAUUGCUAGAGAUUCAUUAUUUUUCUUAAACUCUUCUAUUAAAACUCUUGGUGAUUAACUUGAUGUGUUUGUUAAUUGUUCAAACCAAAACAUCUUCUUGAGUAAUAAAGCAAGUUUUUCUAGCAACAGCAAGCCUAA